GCGGCCGCCCGUCCGUCCCAGCCCCUCCGAGGCAGCCUGGCGGGCUUGGGAGCCACCGCCGCGCAGCCCUGCCAGGGAGAGCGGCCGGCCGGCCGGGCGAGAAGGGGUCCGACGUGGCUCUGGCGCUUCCCGGCAGUUGCACCGCUCGACUGAAAGGAUUACUGUGGCUGUUAUCAGAGCUGGAUGAACCCUCUCUGCACCAUAUCUGGACUGUUCUGGCCUUUUAAUUUUUAAGGGUUCAUGUUGGGGAGGGGUCUGAAACGCAAGUUGAGUGAUUAUGAAGAAAACAUGGCUGGCCUGUCAAGUGCCUUCGAUUCCAGUCGAAACCUACCCUACCCGCUCAAGAGGCAGCUGGUGCUCAACGUGUGCCUCGCCAAGUUGCAGACAUACAAGAUGCUGGUGGAACCAAACCUGCACCGCUCGGUCCUUAUAGCCAACACAGUCAGGCAGAUCCAGGAGGAGAUGAGGCAAGAGACCAGCCAACAGCUUUUCAGCAUGUGCAGCGGCCUCAGCGCCAGCCCUUCCGCUUGCAUGAGCCUGGAUUUGCCUGCGAUGCCUUCACACCUUUUCCCUUGCGACGACCAGCCGGAGUCGACUGGUUACGACCCACGGCCAGUGGAAGGCCCCCUCGAAAAUAGCCUGUUGAUGGUUUCUGAUAACGACAUGUCAUCUGCCAUCUCCUCUAUUCUGAAAGACUUGGACUUUAUGGAGGACGUGAGCCCGCCCACCUGUUUGACGUCGCCGGGAGACGAUCCAGUCAAGGCUGCCGAAACCCCUGGCGUUCGGUCCGAAGACGACCGACAAGAUUUGAAAGGAGUGGAAUACGCGUUCGGCUCCUUUGAAAUUUCAAACUCAACUAGCUACUUGAAAGACUUGGCUAUAGACGACAUCUUUGAAGAUAUCGACACUUCGAUGUAUGAUUCGGACUUUGACUGCCCCUCGCUAACGCUUCCAAGACCGUCACCUGUAGCACCUGCGGAAGAGAUCUUGAAAACCUUCCCUUCUUGCAAUUCUUCCUCCGCAAGCAACAUCCCCAUGUGUCGAAGCGACUUGAGUGACUUGGACCACAUCAUGGAGAUUCUUGUCGGGUCCUGACACUUUCCGACCCUUUUUAAAAAAAAUCAUCCAAAGAUAUCUUCUUCUGCUGCCACAUUUGAAUCGGAACCACAGAGAGGAAGCCGCAAAGUUUACGUGUCAAAGUGGCAACCAAGAGGCAUUAUCUUUGAGUGGUCCUUAAAACCUCUCCAAGACUCGUAUGUAAACCAAAAAAAAAUGUGGUUGGCUUUUGUGUAAAAUGGUAUAUUUAUUAAACUCAUUGUGCAAUCUUUUUUUUCCUUCUGGGGUAUAUGCAAAGAAUGUCUCUCUUGCGCACACCCCGUCUACCCUUAUUCCAGCAGAACUAACUUUAUAAUGUGCAAUUUUUAAUCUGCCUGAAGACUUUUGAAUACCUGAAUUUUGAGAGAAAAAAAAAUCUUCUGAAGUAAAGACUCUAUUUUUAACGUUUGGUUACAAAUGCUGUGUUGGCAUUCACUGGAGUUCACUGCAAACUUGGGG